AAACAUUAAACAAACGAAAGACGAAAGCCCAACCAGCCAAAGGCUAAAAAUAAUCAAACACGUCUUCUUCGUUCUUGCGGUUGUUGCGUUGUUUUGUUGGGGGCGUUUGCCUCGUUGAGAUCUCGAGAGAGAAGAGAGAGACAGAGAGAUGAAGCUGUGGAAGAGAGCCGCCGGAGCUCUCAAGGACCAGAACAGCCUCUUGAUCACCGCCCUCUCGCGGCGGACCAGCCUCCAUAGCCCCGACCUCGAGGCCGCGGUCAUCAAGGCCACCAGCCACGAUGAGGCCCGAGUCGACUACCGGAACGCCCAGCGCGUCUUCGUGUGGGCCCGCACCUCCCCGUCCACCCACCUCAAGCCCCUCGUGUGGGCCAUCUCCUCCCGCGCCCUCCGCACCCGCAGCUGGCCAGUCGCCCUCAAGUGCCUAAUGCUCCUCCACGGCGUCUUCUGCUGCAAGGUCCCUGCCGUCCGGCGCAUCGGGCGCCUCCCCUUCGAUCUCUCCGACUUCGCCGACGGCCACUCCUCCCUUUCCAAGACGUGGGGCCACAACGCGCUCGUCCGUGCCUACUUCAACUUCCUCGAUCAGAAGUCGGCGUUCCUCUAUGCCGACAUCAAAGAGAUCCGCAAGGUCAAGGCAGCCGGCCCCGAGGACUCAAUCCUGGCAGAGAUCGUGAUGCUCCAGAGGCUGCAGUCGCUCCUUGCCCUCCUCCUCCAGGUCAGACCGCAGGCCGAGGGUAUGCGCGGCACGCUUGUCCUCGAGGCCAUGGACUGCGUGAUCAUCGAGAUCUUCGACACGUACAGCAAGGUGUGCAACCUGAUCGCCAGGGUCCUCUCCCGGAUCUAUGGGGCCUCGCAGGCUGAGGCCUCCAUGGCGCUCUUGGUGCUCCGGCAGGCGAACGUGCAGGGCGACGAGCUCACCGAGUACUUCGAGUUUUGCAAGUUCUACGGAGUGCUCAACGCAUCAGAGUUCCCGAAGGUCGAGCGGAUCCCGGAGGAGGAUAUUCGGGAGGUGGAGAGGAUGGUCAACGGCGGAGGUGAAGAGGAGACCAAGGCCAUCGUGGUGAGCGAGAGCGGCGGCAGCGAAUUGGUGCCGUCAACAGGGAAGGUCUUGAAGACCGUCGUGACAAACAAGUGGGAGGUCUUCGACGACGACGGCAACGACCUCAUGAGCGUGAACGGUGGCAAAGGGAUGGAAAGGGACAUUGUUAGUGUAACAAGUUCGAACGAUCCUCAACCUCAACGUCAACCACACGAUGUACACGCUUAUAAACUUGAGAUUCCAGAUUUAAUUACUUUCUAGUAAAGUUGGAAUGGAUAUACAUUUCUUGCAUUCUUUUCUAAAGAGAGUUUCAUUGCACGCAAA